AGACCGUACGAAGAACCGACGACCACCUUCGACAGGGGAAGUCCAUAGCCAUAGCUCUGGUAGGAAAGAUCAUCAUCAUAUGGCAGGUAGGACGCCUCGGAAACAGCGACCAGCGCCAGCGCCAUGAUUGCAAUGAAGAACUGGAAUACACGAGCGUAUUUUAGGAAUAGAGUUGAACAAAUCCAUUUUCUCACGACGCUUACCUUCAUUUUGAUUGAUUUUGUAGAAUGUGUGGAUUGAAGCGCUGUACGAAUACUGAUGCCAAUAACAUCAGUGGUCGCAUCUUUUAUAGCGCCAAGUACCGGAAGUGUAAAACGAAAGGAAAACUCCGUCACCAAGGUCUUUUUAACCGGAAAAUGCGUCGCUUGGGGUUUGUUAUAAAAGCAGACGAUAUUUGGGUCAAACGAUCACAGUUCACUUGCAACGUUUUCACGAUCAAACCCAAUCGAUCGAAGGAUCAUUCAACUGUAAACAUGAAGGGAUUCAUCGUGAUCGCCGUCCUGGCUUUGGCCGCUGUCUCCAACGGAUCCUACCUGCCAGCUGUGCAGUCGGUCCUUCCGUAUUCCUACAACUCUGGACUCUAUGGACUAGGUUUGAACUCGUAUGAUGGUCUGGGUCACUAUUCCGGGCUUGCUGGACUUGGAUAUUCCUCUGUGCUGGAUAAUGGACUGUCCUACCCAUACUCGGCCGCUCUUCCGUACUCUGUCUACAACAACGGUUUGUACGGAGGAUACUACGGCGCCAAGUACGCCCCAACUGUGGUCCAGGCUAACGUGAACGCUCUGAACACCGUCAAUCCAUUGGGUCUGUACGGAGGAUACUAUGGAGCGAAAUAUGCCCCGACUGUGGUCCAGGCCAACGUGAACGCUCUGAACACCGUCAAUCCAUUGGGUCUGUACGGAGGAUACUACGGCGCCAAGUACGCCCCAACUGUGGUCCAGGCCAACGUGAACGCUCUGAACACCGUCAAUCCAUUGGGUCUGUAUGGAGGAUACUAUGGAGCGAAAUAUGCCCCGACUGUGGUCCAGGCCAACGUGAACGCUCUGAAGACGGUCAGUCCGCUGGGUCUGUAUGGAGGUUACGGUGUGGAAAACGGAUACGGUCUGGGUCACGGAUAUGGCUACGGAUACAACAACUACCUCCCAGUCCAGGCCCAUGCUGCGAAGUACGUUGCAGCCAACCCGGGAGCCGUCCAUGUGGCCCCUCUACCAGGACAUCUAGUCAACCAGAAGUCGGUUGUGGCAUAAAUGAAUGUGAUAAUGAUGAACUUUCUAAUGAAAUGUAAAUAAAACAACCGUGUUGUUGAAAGCAUGUUUGUUGCACAUUCCUUUAAUUUUAAAACUAUGUUGAUAUGU